GAUUUAGGUGAUGUCUUUCCAGUACAGAUGAGUCCGAUAGCUCAAUCUCAGUUUGUGCCUUUGGCUGAAGUCCUUUGCUGUGCCAUAUCUGAUAUGAAUGCAGCUCAGAGCGCAGUAACACAGGAGUCGCUUUCGGAGUAUUUGAUGAAACAUUACCCAGGCAUUGCCAUUCCAUCUCGAGAUAUCCUCUAUACCACUUUGGGAACUCUGAUUAAAGAGAGGAAGAUUUAUCACACUGGAGAAGGAUACUUCAUCGUUACUCCACAGACUUACUUCAUCACAAAUGCAACCACCCAGGAAAAUAAGAGAGUUCUCUCUGGUGAAGGCUGCCCGGUGCCGACUUCUGUGACGUAUUUGGUGAGCGUGGAGAGCUGUGCAGAGUCAGCUCAAGAGAAUGCUUUCCCUAUUUCCCAUUGUCAGUCUUGCCAGUGUUACCCUGACGUGUGCACUCAGGAGGUCCCGGAACCACCAGCUGCUACAGAGCUGACUGGAAAGAGCCAGAAAAAUCUUGGAGACUCCAAACCCUGGGUACAAAAUCAGGCAGCUUCAGCAACUCAGGAGAAUUCUCUCUGUGGGAGCUCCACACCAUCACCCUGUACCAGAGACAGAGAAAAAGGCAAGAAGUUUGGCUUCAGUCUCUUGUGGCGCAGCAUAUCCAAAAAGGAGAAGCCCAAAACACAGCACAGCAAUUUCUCUGCCCAGUUCCCACCUGAGGAAUGGCCUGUCCGAGAUGAAGAUAACUUGGAGAAUAUCCCUCGAGACGUCGAACAUGAGAUAAUCAGACGAAUUAACCCGAUUCUGACUGUGGACAACUUAGUCAAACACACUGUCCUGAUGCAAAAAUAUGAAAAACAUAAAAAAUAUAAUAGCCAGGGCACGUCCACUGAUAUGUUGACAGCCAGGCACAGGCAUUCUUCCAAAGAGGCAGUUAAGAAAAGGCAGGGUCAGUCUGCAAAGUCUCGAAGGCAGGGCCAUUCUCACAGGGAUAGACGUAAAGCCAGAAGUCAGGGAAGCAAGCAGCAGCCGGGAAGCAUUAGACUGGAGAGACACUGCAGGCCCCCUGCCACACAGCCCGCUCCCGGAGCUCACAGCCCGAGUGAAGCGGUCAUUCAGAAACCAGUAGGGGAGAACCCAGCAGUGCUGAGUUCCCACUUGGUUUACAAAAAGCGGAUCAGUAAUCCUUUUCAGGGUUUGGCUCACCGAGGGAACCCAAUAACCAAAGGGCACAACGUUCAGAAGAUCAGUAAUCUGAAAAUCAGUCAGACUGGACUAAAGGAAAAAAAGCCAUUCCAAAGGUCAAAGUCUUUGGAUUCCUCCAGAAUCCUUGAUGGUGAAGCCAGUCGGCCACAUGUUGAACAUCGUGAUGAUAAACUGAAAGCAGAAGCCACUUACGUUGAUAACGCUACCGUCACUCCUGUCAGUGCUGGCUUUGGAGACCCGCUCUUCACUUACCAUCAGUGUAGAGAAUCGUGUAAAGAUGGUCAGUGCUGUUCCUUCAGGGAAGGCACGCUGAGGCGCGAUGUGUGCAGUGGAGAAAAUGAGAUAAUCCCUGGAGCCUUCAGGGAAAAUCAUUCUCACUUUGGCAAAUUAGAGGAGACCAAGGGAACAAAGCAUGCCCUGCCUUCACCAGGUACCUCCUCUUUAGACCAGACAGCUGCUUGUAAAUUAAUUGAGAAGACGGUACACCAGUUGCAAAAUCUUGGUCUUUUGGAUUAUUCAGUUGGCGCAGACCAUUUGAGACAACUCGAGAAACAGGGCAGAGACUCAGGAGAAUUCAUGGCAAAGGCAUUUGUCCAGGACGCAGGGACUGCGUGCCUAGAAAAUGGAGGGUUCUCUGAUGAUGACCGGGUCUUGUGUCAGAAUGAAGUGGAAGAUGAUGGUGCCUGCAGUUCACUGUAUCUAGAGGAUGAUGACUUUUCUGAUGAUGACGACUUGUGUCAAAUGCUGUCUGGUCACAGUCAGUACUCCUUGGUGACUGGUGGAAGCAAGUGGAACCAUUUAGAAAAACAGAAAGUGACUGAGAGAUCGCUGACUGAGUACAGUGGCAAAAUGGAUAGGUUUGAACCUUGGACGCUUAAAAGUAAUGAAUGUUACACACCUGCUGGGUUGCUUACUAACCCAGGUGAAAGCCAGAAACCUAAUCUCUCUUUGGAAAGCUGUGGCCUAAAUUCAGGGAAACGGUUUGGUUUUAACUUUGGAGAAGAAUCCAGUAUUGCUAAAUGUGUGCAGGCCUUGGUACCUGCUGAAGGAAGUUUAUUUGAUUACUGUAGCACCAGGAAAGCCAAUUCUGAGGCUGAAACCCUACAAGACUCUGUUGGUGACACAGGAGAGAAACCAGCUGGCUGGAAUCAGAGUCCUCAGAAUCAGGAAGUGAGAAAACAUUUCACACAAAAGCUAGAACUUUUCAGUCCUUCACAUAUGCUAGUGUUGGCUCAGGAUAUCCAGAACGUACACACACACUUGGAAGGAACAGAAAACCAUAGCAUGGCAGGAGACAGUGGAAUAGAUUCUCCCCGGUAA